AUGAAUGAAUUUAACGACAUAAAAGACAUAACGAGCCCCACAAGGACAGAUAAAGGUAUUGAAAUUGAGAUUUCUACGAUAAAGCAUAUAAAACCAAUAUACGUUCAUCAACAGCAAACACAUAAUGAAGAAGAGACAAUCCCAACAUCACAUUCGACAGUCAUAGAAACAACAAUAACAGAAGAAAACAUUGAAUUAAAGCAAUUAGGACAAAAAAACCAAAAAUCACCGGUUUACAAUACACCACAAGAGACAACCGGAGAACUAUCAAUAAUGCCCAUUAUAAAUCUGCUUAGACAAGGAAUACAGAGACCGCAAUUAUUAGCAAGUAACACUUCGGCUGAACAUUCACUCACAAAAGAUUCAGUAAUCACUCCAAGUUUACCUCCCGUGAUAACCGAAUUAAGUGCAAGAAUUGAAACUACAUUUGAUCCAACAACGCAAACAACUGCCGCAGAUCCAUCGCAGGUCGAUGUAGAGCGUGGUGGUGGUGGUGACGUUACAUCAGAUGAUUCUUCUAAUUCUUCGGUAGUAGUUGACAACAGAAGUCCAAAGAAAGGAUUCUUUAGAAGGCAUCCAAUUAGAGCCAUAUUAAUUGCAAUUGUUCUUGUCUUAUUAUUGGGAGCAUUGGCAAUUCUAAUAAUUGGUAAGAAAUGA